GUUUUUAAACAUAAAUUUGUUGUGACAUCAUUUUAUUUAGUAGUUUAACAAAGUAUUACGUGCGCACAAACAAGCUCUGCUAGUCAACUCUAAUGGAGGAUGCAGAGCAACCACUUCUUUCCUCUUUCCAAAAUUUCAAGGAUCAUAUUCAUCAUCAUCAUCAUCAUCAACGCCAUGUGGGAAAUUCCAAAGACAUUCCUUCAACUUCAUCAUCGUCCUUAAUUAUUGGAGAUGAAGGUGAAAUUGGGAUCAUUCUUGGAAUCAGGGACCUUUAUUUCGAGUUCUUUAAUGAAUGGAAGAAGUUGAUGUACCUUGCGGGUCCAUCCAUUUUCACUUUGUUAUGCCAGUAUGCAAUCGGAGCUCUCACUCUAGCCUUUGCCGGCCAUCUCGGCACCACCACACUUGCGGCGAUUUCCGUCGAAAAUUCCGUAGUCGCGGGGUUCGGUUAUGGCCUACUGAUGGGAAUGGGGAGUGCACUUGAAACACUAUGUGGACAAGCAUAUGGAGCAAACCAGCACAACAUGCUUGGAAUAUACAUGCAAAGAGCUUGGAUUGUGCUCAACACCGUGGCAAUUGGGAUGGUUUUUGUGUUCAUAUUUUCGACCCCAAUAUUAAACUUUUUAGGCCAGGACAGUAACAUCUCCCGUGAAGUCGGGAAAUUUGCCUUGUGGAUGAUUCCACAACAAUUUGCUUAUGCAAUGAUGAUCCCACUAACCAAAUUCCUACAAGCACAGAGCAAAGUGUUGGAAAUGGCCCUGAUUUCAGUGGUCGCACUUUGCCUGAAUGCGAUGUUGGGGUGGAUUUUAAUGGUGAAAAUGAGGAUGGGAUUGGCCGCCGCCGCCUUGAUGCUGAAUGUGUCGUGGUGGUUCAUCACCGGAGCUCAGUUCUUGUACGUCAUGGUGGGGAGUUGUGGUCGGGCUUGGUCGGGUUUUUCUUGGAAAGCAUUUUCUAAUCUCUCAGGAUUCGUCAAACUGUCCAUUUCAUCAGCUGUAAUGCUUAGCUUGGAAAUAUGGUAUCUUAUGGCGCUGACACUUGUUGCUGGUCAUUUAGAAAAUGCUGAAGUUUCUUUGGAUGCUUUGUCAAUAUGCGUGAACAUCAUCGGCUGGAGCGGCAUGGUGGGCUUGGGGUUCAACGUUGCCAUAAGCGUUCGAGUGUCAAACGAAUUGGGAUGUGGACAUUACAAGACAGCAAAAUUUUCAGUGAUGGUGGCCGGAAUGACUUCUUAUUUAUGUGGUUUAGCCUUUGCCAUCAUUCUUUUUCUGUACAGAAAGCAAUUCCCAGCUUUAUUCACAAAUAGCACUGAAGUUCAGUUGCUGGUGGAAGACCUCACACCACUGCUAGGAGUUAGUGUCAUUUUUACUUGUGUUCAAUAUGCACUAUCGGGGGUGGUGAUCGGAGCAGGAUGGCAAAAUUUCGUGGGUUACAUCAAUGCCGGUUGCUACUUUUUGUUAGGAGUUCCUUGUGGAAUCUUGAUGUGCUACAAGUUCAAUAUGGGGGUUAAGGGGAUUUGGUAUGGAAUGGUGAUAGGUCUAUGCCUUCAGACUUGCCUUAUUUUCUGGGUGGUUUGCAUCACAAACUGGAGAAAAGAGGCGCAGGUUGCUGAAGAGAGACUAAAGCAAUGGGGUGGAGAAAUGGAUGCUCAAUUAGAUGAAGAAAAAUAA